AUGCUGAAAACAGGGAUUUUAAAAGGUAGCUCGGGCGUGAAAGGCCGGCUUAACAUGUAUCGUUUUGGCGGAGUAACUGGUAUGAGAAUUAAGAACCGAACGGCUCAUCUGUGGAACCACAGGUUUUACAGCUCGCGGCCCGAUUUGACGAAGUUCACUGGAUACAACAAACAGGUGGUGGUGAAACUUGUGGUGAUGACCGGUGUCACUCUGGUGCUGGGCAGCAUACUUUUCAACUACGCGGAGAGAGAGAAUGAGGAUUUGGAAGAACGUACGGAAGACGGCGAGCGAGACGGGAAAAGCCAUUCGCGUCCUAAGAUCAAGAUCUUCAACAACAACUGGCUCUUUUUUUGGUAUUCGACGCUUCCGCUCAAUGCCAUGUCACGGCUCUGGGGUCAGGUAAACUCGCUCACGUUGCCUGUAUGGCUUCGGCCUUGGGGAUUCCGCUUUUAUGCGGCUGCUUUCGGUGCGAACCUCGACGAAAUGCAGGACCCAGUGCUUGAGCAUUAUCAGAACUUGUCCGAAUUUUUCUACCGCGAAAUUAAACCUGAAUCGCGGCCUAUUGCCCCUGGCGAUGACGUGGUAGUCUGCCCUAGUGAUGGGAAAGUUCUACAAUUAGGAAUCAUUGAUGCUCAAUCCGGUGAUAUCCAGCAAGUCAAGGGAAUGACUUACUCGGUUCGCGAAUUUCUUGGCACCCAUGCCCAUCCACAUAUGACCAGAACUGAGUCUCAGGAAAACAUAGCAACAGUCAACUCCUCCUCUCAAAAUCAUGACAUCGAGUUCGCUCGAAUUAAUAAUAUUCCUUAUACGUUUAACGACAUGAUUGGCGAGACUCCCGGCGAAAAUCAUGCUCAUUUACAAAAAAUCGAAUACACAAGUGAAGGUGACAAGUCUUUGCCGGAUGCAGCACCUUCUAGACCCAAAACCAUGAAACUUUUGAGUCAACUCUCAACGCAUUAUGUCAAUAAAAUCACAGGCUCUGAUCCUAAAAACACAAAACUUUGUUUUGCUGUGAUUUAUUUGGCACCAGGGGAUUAUCAUCAUUAUCAUUCACCUGUCAAUUGGGUCUGUAAACUGCGUCGUCAUUUUCCAGGUGAACUGUUUUCCGUUGCACCUUAUUUUCAGCGCAAUUUCCCUAAUCUGUUUGUGUUGAAUGAGCGCGUUGCCCUCUUGGGCCAUUGGAAGCAUGGUUUCUUUAGCAUGACCCCCGUCGGCGCCACGAAUGUAGGGUCCAUCAAAUUGAAUUUCGAUAAAGAACUCGUCACCAAUGGCAAGCGCAAAGAAAAGGUUAAACCUCAUACUUGUUACGAAGCCACUUACGAAAAUACAAGCUCCAUAUUGGGCGGUGUCCCUCUGGUUAAGGGAGAAGAAAUGGGUGGAUUCAUGCUCGGAAGUACUGUUGUACUAUGCUUUGAGGCCUCUAAUGACUUCGAGUUCAACAUUAGCGUUGGACAAGAGGUGAAGAUGGGCCAAUCCUUAGGCGAAUCCAAGUAA